AUGAAAGCUAUUUCCAUAGCAUCUACAGAGCUUGUUUCAUAUGCAAUCGAUCAUGCAGGAUCUGAGAGGGACUACAUGGACAAGAAUUUCCCAUGCUCAGUCUCUUUUUCUCUGAGCAGGAUGCCAGAUGAACUAAAAAGGCUGCCAGGCGCUCAACUCCAAGACCAGGCUAGCCAUUACGCUGCUAAAGAUAAUGAGGAUUUCAUUUCCUAUGUCUCUGACCGACAGAUACUUCUAAUUAGUCAACAAGCUGAAGAACUAGACGACCUGAGUACGAGUGUGGAAGGGAUUAGAUCUGAUGGGCUUACCAUACACGAUAAACUACUUGCACAGAGAAAUUUAUGUGAACUAGGUUCUGAGAUGGACGGUAUGGCCAAUAGUCUUGACUUUGUUCAGAGAAAAGUAGCAGUGUUUAUGUAUAAGGCUAGCGUGAAGGGACAGUUGAUGAUGAUCUUGUUCUUGAUCAUACUCUUUAUUGUAUUAUUUGUGUUGGUCUUCUUCACCUAG